GGGAAAGCGAUGUUAUGGGCCGAGGCAGAAAGACGUGCAAAAGGGUCCAUUUAGCGCCGAUGCUCGACGCGGUUUCCAGGGCUCAUUCCGCCACCCAUACGCUCCCGCUUUCUCUGACUGGCUACUCAAUCCACCGGCCCUUUGCCUUUUGCCCAACCGGAAAAGUCCCCACCUAACGUUCCUUUUUUUCUGCUGCCCUUCUGGCUUAUACGCCUCUUAUUCGCGGCGGGACUUGGUCACAGCACCAGUUUCUUGUUUUUCAGAAUGACCCUGAAAGCUUUGAGGGCAAAAAUGACGACUACGAUUGAGUUUCAGGGCAAGAGCCCCGAAUUUGGAUGAAGGCUAGGAGAACUUCGAUGGAGAACGAAGGGGAUCGGAUGGUUUUCUUUUGUAGAUUUUUUUCUUUUUUUGGUGGAUCGCUGUUAAUUUUUGCUUCUUUAUGUGGGUUUGUAUAUAUUCGCAUAUUUGUAUAUCUUUUGUUGUCUCUCGCGCCGCAUGUUGGUCUUUUUAGUUCAUUGUAAUCUUCGGCAAUACCACCGCUUCAUCCCGUGUCUGUAUGUCUUCUUGCCUCCUAUGUCGUCGCAGAAAAGAAACCCAGAUGAUGGAGAUGCUCCGGCGGAUGGUGACAAUCCCGAUGAUAAGCGUAGGAAGUUUAGUUUCUUUCGUGUGGUUCAGGAUGCUUUGUUCUCGCAAUCAAUGCAAAAGUUAUUGGAGCCACUCAUACGUAAAGUGGUAAAGGAGGAGGUUGAAUUGGCACUAAGAAAGCAUAUGACCAAUGUGCAAAGGAAUGAUGAAAAUGGAGGGAAAGAAAUCUGUUCUUCCGAGCCAAGAUGCUUUCAAUUGAAGUUCAUAACUGAUAUAUCUCUCCCGGUAUUUACUGGAGCUCGCAUUGAAGGAAGAGAUGGUUCAAACUUGAAGGUGGCUUUGAUUGAUACUCAAAGUGGGAAAAUUGUUGACACUGAGCCACAAUCCUCAGCCAAAGUGGAAAUUGUAGUGCUGGAGGGUGAUUUUGAGAGUGGAGUUGAUAAUUACACUAUAGAAGAGUUUAAGAACAACAUUGUUAGAGAAAGGGAAGGAAAGAAAUCACUUCUUACAGGAGAUACAUUUGUGAACCUCAAAGAUGGCAUUGGUUUGUUGGGUGAGAUUUCUUUCACUGAUAAUUCUAGCUGGACUAGAAGCCGUCGGUUCAGGCUGGGUGCAAGAAUUUUAGACAACAAUAAUGAAACGAGAAUACUAGAAGCGAAGACUGCAUCAUUUGUGGUCAGGGAUCACCGUGGCGAAUUGUACAAGAAGCACCAUCCUCCAUCUCUGCAAGAUGAAGUAUGGAGAUUGCAGAAAAUUAGCAAAGAUGGAGCGUAUCAUAAGCGCCUGAGCCAAGAAAAAAUCAAGACGGUGCAAGAUUUCCUAAGUCAACUUUAUGUACAACCUUCAAGGCUUCGUAAUAUUCUUGGUGGCAUGCCUACCAAAAUGUGGGAAGCUACAAUUGAGCAUGCGCAGACAUGUGUGCUCAAUAAGAAGAUUUAUGUGUACAAACCUCACGAUUUGGAACCGAAAAGCGGAGUGGUCUUUAAUGUUGUAGGACAAGUGAUGGGGCUACUUUCAGAUUACCAGUACGUUCCCAUAGAUAAGCUAUCUGAAACUGAAAAGGCUGAUGCUCACAACUUGGUUAUCUCCGCAUACGAACACUGGGAACAAGUUGAUUCUAUGGAUGAUGAAACUUCUCUUGUAGGUAGCUCUUCUCAGUUCCUUUACACCCCGAGCUCACCGAUGGUGGACCAUUCUUAUGAUGGUAUCAAGUAUUUGGCUUCUCCAAAAUUUAGUGGCUUUGAUUUCACACCAUCCAAUGCCUAUUCUUCUGACAUAAUUUCAUCGAUGGGAUCUAUUGAGAAUGUGAGUGGUUUGGACGAUCAUGCUUUGCAGGCUUUUGAUUCCAUGGUAGUAAGACAUGAUCAGAUUCCAUGUUCCCCAAACUAUCCCAGCUCUUCCCUGAUCUGUGAUUCCGAGCCGCUAAAUUCAUCUUUCUUCGAUGUGGAUCAUAUGCAAGUUUUAGAGUCUGCUGGUUUCCAAUGUAGCUCGAUUUUAGAAUCACGAGCUACUCCAAAAGGUGUUGCACAAACUAGAUGGACUAAGGUAUAUGGUGUGCUGCAAUGGUACUUCUUGUUUAUUAGGAGAAACAAACGCAGAUUUGAUUGAUACAAAGGUGGUCGUGGAAAGGAAAAAAUGGACCAUGGUUGAUACUGGAAAACACACUAAUGUCCAGGUUAAAAUGUGUGCGGUUAUGACGAGAAGCUCGGGGUGGUACGUGCUAUUUGGUAUGGAGACGGGGCUAUGCAGUUUUUUCUAGGUGCCUUGCUGUGCCCGUAUCUGAGCCAGAAGAAUUUUCUCCCUGAUCAAGUGUGUGUACAUUAUGUAGCAAUUUUCGACACUAUCAGAAAGUAUCUGGUCUCAGUUGAUGGUUGAUCGGAAUGCUCAAGAUCCUUAUCUUUGGUUCUUUACGCUAUACAUUUCUGUACAAAACAAACUCUCUUUCAGCCUGUUUUUUACAUUGGGAAUGGGAGGUUUUUUUUAAUAGUGCAUAUAAUUUUUUGUUAAGAAGUUCAUGUCUUGAG